UCCACACACACAAGAAAUCUUGAAUAUCUAAUGUUUUUAAAACAAACCCUUAAUUAUUAUCCCAGUUCAACGUUUUUGCCAUGUUUGGUUGAGGGUUCAAUUGGAACAACCAUAUAUAAUCUCUCGAGGUUCAUACUAUUCUAAGUAGUACUUAACAGAAGCGUUAGAUCAUCAUUUUUCACCUCCAACAAGAUGAUGCCAUCAUCUCGCAAGCCUCCACUGGCCAGAUCCCCAAUCCACCUUCGCCUUCGACCUCGCCGUCCUCUUCAGUCCAAUACAAACACCAUCCAAACCCCACCAGGUUCUUUAACGAAAUCCCAGUUGCCUAAAGGUGCUUGUGAGAUUGAAGAACUGGAAUUGGGUGUUCGCCCAGAGUACCGUACCAUUUCUUGUGAAUUGAGGGCUUUGGCAGAAAUGGUGCAUCAGGAGUUUUCCAGCGCAGACUGGGCUGACGCUGGUUUGGUUGGUACUAGCAUGAGUGUUAAUAGGAGUACUUUGUUUGAAAGGGGAAGGUUCUAUGAGGAGUACUCCGCGAGAAGGAACGAGAGGUUGAAGAGGAAGAAGGUGGGGGAAACAGGGGAUGGGAAGAAGGCCGGGCAUGGUUAUGAUCUUGGUGUCAGGGUUGAGUCCGCUAAAAGAAGAGGGGAGGCCAAGAGGUUUGAAAGCUUGAGGAAAACGGUUCCUUCUACUCCAACAGUGGACGGGAGUCAGGCUUCAAGCUCCAGGUAUUUGCUGAGGAGCACUACCAGUAAGGAGAACAAGAAGCCACCUUUGGCUUUUGCAAAUGUUGAAAGAUCUGUUGGGGUGGGACAGCAGAAAAUUGGAGUCAGACGGGGUAGGAAAAUUUGAGGUUUAAAUUCAGAUUGCGGAGAAAUUGGAGUUUUUUUUUUUUUUUUUUUUUUGGUUUCUGAAUUUGUUUUGCUAGCUUUCCAAUGACAGAUUUAGUUUCUAAAGUGAAAAUUU